AUGACGGAUAGUUUGAAUCCUGAGAAGCAAUUAUAUGAUGCCGCUAGGGAUGGAAAUACAGAGGGAAUAAAGCUUGCUUUAUCCAGGGGAGCAAAUAUUAAUUGGAGCAAUCCCAAUGUGGGUAACUGGACACCAUUGCAUGUAGCAGCUUCUAGGAACAAGGUUCAGUCAAUUUCCUUCCUGAUCAAAGAAAAUGCUGAUAAGAAUUGUGGAGACAAGCUUGGGCAGACUCCUGUUAUGUUGGCUGCAAGGUUUGGACACAAAGAGUCAGUGAGAGCACUGUUAAAUGAAGGAGCAGAUUACGCCAUUACUGAUAAUACUGGCAAUACUGCAAUUGAGUUGGCUUAUACUCAUCCUGGUGUACUGCAAAUACUAAGGGAGCAUAAAGAGGAACAAAUAGCAUUGCGAGAGAAAGAACAAGCUCUAAUUGCAGCAGCGAGUGCGUUAGAGAAAGGUAUGGAGGAAGGAUUCAUUACUCUAUGUAACACCAAAAUGACCAUAUGUGGUCCACCAGGUGUCGGCAAGACUGCAUUCAACGACCUCCUCUUCAAUCACCCGCCCCCUCUCAAACACCACAGUACUCCAAUAGCCACUCGCCCUAUACAAGCAAUUCAGAGGAUAUCAGCCAAAGGAAAGGUCUGGGAGAAAGUAUCUGAACAAGAUCUUCUUGCUACAUUAUCAGAUGCUAUUCUCACCAUAGACAAGGAUGUUAAAAAUGCUGCAAAUACUAGUGUAUCUUAUGCUGCACCACGACCUAUUGAAGAGCAGCAACCAUCUACACAAUCAGGAGCUGUUGCAGUAGCUCAAUCCUUACCAGAUGACACUAGUCCUCCCCAAGGACCAUCAAAGACCAGGGAUACCGACUACUACUCAAAGAAAAUUCUUAAUCAUCUAGUUUCUGUCAAACAACACUGUCGUAAGCACUAUGAAGCUCAUUGGAUUCAUUUAUUAGACAGUGGUGGACAGCCUCAGUUUUCUGACAUGCUUCGUAUAUUCAAUCGUGGCAGUUCGCUGUACAUUAUUGUAAUGAAGGUAACGGAAUCCCUUCAUGACAAGCCUACAUUUACUUACUCUAUCAAUGGUAAACCACUCAACACACCCAAAAAUAUGACAAUGACAAACCUACAAGUUAUCAAAAGCUUGGUACGAUCUGUUGCUGCUUCGAAGAAUUGCGUCGUAAAGAUUGGAGGGAAGAAUGUCAAUAUUAAGCCUGCAUUUGUCAUUGUAGUCACUCAUUGCGAUCAAUCGUCAAAGGUAAAGCAGCUUGUACGUUGGGAGGAAACAAUUCAGAAAAAAAAUUCCGAGCUACUGUUAAGUCUAAAGGAGUUUCUGGAUCUCUUCAUAUUCUAUAAUCGUGAGUCCAAUGAGCUGGUUUUUCCCGUCAACAAUCUCUGUCUGAAGAAUCGUAUGAAGAUAUCGGCCGAUAUACGUGAGCGUAUCAUGUCUCAGUCUAAUUCUAUUAGUUUCAGUGUUCCAAUACCAAUACGUUGGUACAUGUUUGAGAUCAAGAUGAAUGAAGAGGCUGCAGUUAAUAAGGAGAUGUAUGGAAUGAUAUCACUUGAGUCAUGCUACACUGUUGGUAUCAAAUUAGGAAUGAGUCAAUCAGAUGUUAACCAAUGUCUAGUGUACCUUGAUUCGUUAACACUGUGCAUCUACUACCCAGACAUUCUCCAUCAUGUGGCCUUCACUAAUCCUCAGUUUCUCAUAGAUUGCCUCUCUAAUGUUGUCAGAGUAUCUUUCGUUGAUGAUGUAAAGCAGAUAUUACCUGAGGAAGUCAGCCUGCCUGAUGAUGCUCAACUGGUACUCAAAAGAGAUGGAGUUUUUAAUGAAUCACUACUGGAUGAUCUUGGAUUAGCUUUUGUUCCUAAUCUCUUCUCAAAGUCAGAUCUACUUUCCUUGCUUAAGCACCUUUGCAUAAUCUCACCUAUUGAUACUGCUGCUGCUGCUACUCGGUAUUUUUUGCCAAUUGUUUUACCACCGGAAAAAAUAACUGCAGAGCAGAAAAAAUUAUUCACUGAAAAUUGUGACCCACUUGUCAUUACAUUUAAUAGUGACAUAGUACUACAGGGUUUGUUUCCAACAUUAAUUGUCUCUUUGUUAAGUCGACAGAAGGAGCCUUUCUUUUUUAUUGACAGCAAAUCUCCCUUUUUUCCAAAGCAGCUCCGUCAUGCUGUCAAGUUAUACUCUGAAGAUUUAUUUGGAUCCAUCAUAUUUGUUGAUGAGGUCAAGUAUAUCGAAGUUUACUUUACUGGAAGUACUAAAGAUUGCUAUCAUCUUCGGUCUGUUAUCUUAGAGGGUCUGUCUGUUAGCGCUGCUGCAUUAGCUUACAAUGAGGAGGAAUUGGAGAUAUCUGCUGUGACAUACUGUCAUCAUAACCAUAGAAGACGUGAGACUAAAAAAACACCUCAUCCCAUCAGUAUCUCGUACAAGAGAAACCCUCCAGAAAUCAGUUGCAGUAUUGAGACUGACCUUCCAUCCAUUGAACUAACUGAUAAAAGACAAAGCUGUUGGCUAAUAGGAUCAGUUAAUUCUAUUUCUUCAGCUCAAGUCUCGAAUUUUUCUACUGAUAAAAGUAUAUCAAGUGCAACUUCUACUUCGUUACCUGUUGCAACAGCAUCAAGUACUGUGGUGUGGCCAAAUGAAGAUGUCAUUUUUACUGAGGGGACUGUACUAAAUAAGAGCCAUGCUCCUAUUAUACUAAGAUCUAUAAGAAAAAUAGUCUUUGAAUGGGAGGAUUUAGGAACAUUCUUAGGCUUAGAAACUCAUCAGCUGCAAGAGAUUAAGUAUAAUUCUAAUAAUCAAGUUCAAGUCUGUCGUAAAGAUAUGGUGCAUCUUUGGCUGGAGACUGGUACUCAUACAUUACAGGAUUUGAUUACAGCACUAGAGAAUGUAGAAAGAAAUGAUGUUGCAGCUGAUGUUAAAUGUUUGACAAAAUCCAAUAAUAAAUAAGCUUUGUAACUUAAUUAUUUUAUCAUUGGUUUUUAUUAUUAGUAUUAAACUAUGCAAUUGCUAUUUCUUUUUUAGCCU